CGGGUAUUUGAAACAAUUUUUUUACUACAUUUUUUUGCCAAAAAACACUACAUCAUUUUUUACAGCCCUAAACAAGUUCAGUCCCAAAGAGCGAGACAACCGAAUGAGAAGACAAAUGGCAUCGGCGUUGAGGGCUGCAGUACUCCGACACGUCCGACUACCGGUGACCGAAGCCUUAUCAUCCAACAGCUCGCGGCUGGUCUCCAGACGAUGGAUGUCGUCGCAUGACGACCACUUAAGCAGGGAGCAAGUUUCCAACAGAGUUCUAGACGUCGUCAAGAACUACCCCAAAGUCGACCCUUCCAAGGUAUCUCCUGAUGUCCAUUUCCAGAAUGAUCUAGGCUUGGACAGCUUAGACACUGUUGAGAUUGUAAUGGCUCUCGAGGAAGAGUUCAAACUGGAAAUUCCAGAUAAGGAAGCAGUUAGGAUCGACUCUUGCUCACUUGCAAUUGAAUAUAUUUAUAACCAUCCAAUGUCAAGCUAAGGGUUUUAAGCUGGAAGGUGUUUUAGUUUGGGAAUGGGGUUCAAUCCCUCUUAUUAACAUGAAAUGUGGAAACUUGAUCCAUAACCAAAUCAUCCAAUAAUCAUUAUUCUGGACAGUUGUUCAUUCUGUAAGCUGUUUUUCUGCAUUGGUAAUUUGCUUUAUAUUGCAGACGUGGUUUAUUUUUCAUGCUGUUGCAAUCAUUCGUUUUUCUGUAUUUGCUUCGGGUGAUGUUCUCACAACAUGGCCCAUAAUGUUGUUUGGGCGUGACUUAUGUUUUAACACUUCCCUAAUGUCUGAUAUUAGCAUUUGUGAUCAAAGUAUGACUUUGACGAAUCCAAUUCCA